AUGCGUCAGGAACGUCUUAACGACGCCGCCAUUGCGCUGUGUGGUGCCUUGGACACCGCCGGUAUCAAGGGCGGUUGUAUCGGCGGUUAUGCCAUCGGGUUGCUUGGCAGCGGCAGACAGACCAACGACAUUGACUGUUUUGUGUCCUCUUCGAAGGCAAUGAUCGUUGCUCUUCUCGAUGGAUACAACGGUUUCACCAACAUCCCUCGCGGUCGGGAGGACUACGCGGCCUUCAUGUGGUGCAACACCACUGACCAGAGCGAGCCGGUGCUUGUCAAGGUGUUCUGCGAGCGGUUCCCCCGUUUCCGUUACACCAUGGACCAUACCUUCCCUCGCGUGACUCUUGUCAGAGGCGAAAGUUUUGGCGUCGGCGUCAUCCACUAUCUGGAUCCCUACAACAUCUUCAAGGGUAAGCUUCGUGCCGCGGCUACUCGCUCUGAGGUCAACGAUGCCGCGGAUCUCCACUGGUUGGCCAGCCAGUACGGGAUCAUCCGUUCACGCGCCCAUGAACUGAACCUCGACUACGUCGGCCUGGCCAUCAAGCGCUACCCGGACCUUGAGGAGCUCUUCGAGCAGUUGUCGGUGGAUGUUGUCCAGGCGAAGGAAAACAUGCAUGACGUGGAGCUGUACGAACUUCCGCUGUUGGGGCCUGGCGAUGUCCAGCGUGGAUUGUUGGCAUAAGUUCACAUGGGGGAAAUUGCAGCCGAGUUGAAGGCCAGCAACACUUGUGGUUCAAGGAUAGGUGAAGCGAAAGUGCAGCCGAGUUGAUGAUGGCUUGCAAUAUUUGUGUUUCGUGGAUGAUACUUCGGGGAAACCGCAGCCCGCUCGAUGGUUGGCGAUGAUUUGUGAUCUAAGUGAUGUAAGG